GUCAAGGAUAUUUCAGUCGAUCUUUAGAUCUAGAAGAAUACCACGCCGGGGUGGGUGCAACUCUCCCCUUUAGCUUCCCAGACGUCAGUCCCAAACAUUUUCUUCUUAAUAAACGCGCAAUCCAUAUUGUGUUUACAGAUACACGUUCCCUUCCUCUCCACCACGCACUCAAAUCACACCUUUCAUCCCUCGGAGCGAGUCAGUGCGGCUCAUUUCCUCCCCGCGUGGAGCCGGCGUGGAUGCGCCAAAGGGGAGCUUGGCACUCAUAGGGGAGGGACAAACGAAGUCAAGUUCGGAUCAGAUCGGGAAGGAGCGCACCGGCAGAGCGGGACAGACGGUACCAGGGGAGAGACGCACGUUUUCAUGCCAUUGCCAUUUGUUUCGCUCGUCGAUUGAACAGACAGAGAGUUUCUUCAGAGUGAAAGAGAAAAGUGAAGAGGAUCCUUAAACGACGUGGGGGAGAUGCAGCCGGCGGCCGGAUGGACUUUGCCGCUUCUUCUCGUGGGUUUGAUGGCGAGAGACUGCUGCUCAUCCAAGGCAGAGGACCGACUCUUCAGGAAGCUCUUCAGAAGAUAUAACCAGUUCAUCAGGCCAGUGGAGAAUGUCUCUGACCCUGUCACGGUGGAAUUUGAGGUCUCCAUCUCACAGUUGGUCAAAGUGGAUGAGGUGAAUCAGAUCAUGGAAACAAAUCUAUGGCUCAGACAUGUUUGGAACGACUACAAGCUGCGAUGGAUGCCGGCGGAGUUUGACGGGAUCGAGUUCAUUCGAGUGCCUUCAAACAAGAUCUGGAGACCCGACAUCGUGCUCUACAACAACGCUGUAGGUGAUUUCCUUGUGGAAGAUAAGACCAAGGCUCUCCUGAAGUUUGAUGGCACCAUCACCUGGGUUCCUCCAGCUAUUUUUAAAUCCUCCUGCCCCAUGGACAUCACCUACUUCCCCUUUGACUAUCAGAACUGCUCCAUGAAGUUUGGCUCCUGGACUUAUGAUAAAGCCAAGAUUGACCUUGUACUUAUUGGGUCUAAGGUGAAUCUGAAAGACUUCUGGGAGAGCGGGGAGUGGGAAAUCAUUGAUGCUCCCGGCUACAAGCACGAUAUCAAGUACAACUGCUGUGAGGAGAUCUACCCAGACAUCACCUACUCCUUCUACAUUCGGCGCCUGCCCCUCUUUUACACCAUUAACCUCAUCAUCCCCUGCCUCCUCAUCUCUUUCCUCACAGUGCUGGUUUUCUAUCUCCCUUCCGACUGUGGAGAGAAGGUCACGCUCUGUAUCUCCGUCCUGCUCUCCCUCACUGUGUUCCUGCUCGUUAUAACCGAGACCAUCCCCUCCACUUCGCUGGUCAUCCCGCUCAUUGGAGAGUACCUGCUCUUCACAAUGAUCUUCGUCACACUUAGCAUCGUCAUCACCGUGUUUGUGCUGAACGUGCACUACCGCACGCCAAUGACCCACACUAUGCCGGAUUGGGUGCGCUCGGUGUUUCUCAAAGUGCUGCCGAAGAUUAUGCUGAUGCGGAGACCGAUUGAUGACGACAGCAAAACUGGAGGGUUGGAUAUCAGUAGGGAGUCAGGAGGAGCUGGAGGGGGAGGAGGAGGUGGAGGAGGAGGAGGAGGGAAAGGAGGGAAGAAACAAAAGAAUAACUUAAUGCAGGUCAGAGGAGGCUCUCUCAACUGUCUGGAGUUCGGGGACAGUAAGUUCACUUCCGCGGAGGGUUGCACUGGUAAGAAAUGCCCAUGUCCCUGUCAGCAUGGGAAGGAGACCCCAGGAACACCAGACCUGGGGAAGAUCACACGUCAGCUGAGUCAUCAGAGCAUUAACACCGUGGUGGCUUUUUCUGUGGUGUCACCUGAGAUUAAACAAGCAAUCGAGAGCGUCAAGUACAUCGCUGAGAACAUGAGGAGUCGCAACAAGGCCAAAGAAGUGGAGGAUGACUGGAAGUAUGUUGCCAUGGUGAUUGAUCGGAUCUUCCUUUGGGUGUUUGUGACAGUGUGUAUCCUGGGAACCGUGGGCCUCUUCCUCCAGCCGCUUAUUGGUUUUUUCUCAUAACUGCCAAUUGAUUAGGGUUCCCUGUUGCCCUGUGAAGACCAAUCGUUGACAAGUUACUAACCCUGUGUUCUCAGAUGGCCAAUCAGAAGACCUUAUUUUGAGUCCUAAAGGUUUAUUUGGUGUGCUAGUUUUGCUCCUUUGUCCAUAGAGCAUUACAUAGAAAAAUUGAUGUUGAGAAGAAAAAGGGUUUGAUAUUUUCUGCGUGAUUAAAAAACGCCUUAAUUCUUUUACCCUUUAAGUAUGCUUAUUUUAGCUAAAACUGCACUCUGCCUUUCUGAUAACUGUCACAAUAAACAAGUAACGCAGUGUGUUUUCUUAGCAUUUUUGAUCAUUUAAAAAGGUUUAAGAAAAAGUCUAUUCAAACUACAAAUAAUUUAUAGUUUACAGGAAUUAAAUAUAUUUCUGUUUUGUUAGGUGACAUAAUAUUGUA